ACCAUCACUAAGCGGGAAUCGACCACACGCUACCUGCACCAAAGGUAGGCGUGUGUACCACUACACUAUUAGUGACACUAUAGUGUUUGGGUGACAAGUGUCGAUCAAAAGUGGGUGGACUCAAUAAAGUGGCCAGUGUUUAUGUGGUUCCCUUCGCGGCCGCCUGGUGGCAGCAGCGAGAGGCAGUCGCUUGAUGCUUAGGGAGCCUCUCGUGCAUCGAACACGGCAGCCUUCAACUUCCUUAUCUUUCCUUGUGCCUCUUGCGCGCCGGGGAGGAGCGAGCCUCUGCGGGCGAAGACUCCCGAACGACCCCUCCGCCUUCAAUGUGGAUUGUUCGCGGUUCCUGUCUGUUGUUCGGCAGAAGCGGCAGCAGCAGCCGGCGACCGGCCUCGGUGGUGUGCACCGGGCUCGGCUUUUUUCCAUCACCGCCAACUCGUCAGUCGUGCAGGAGGAGGUGGAGGUGGAGAAAGAGGAGCGGGCCUCGCAGCCAUAAUCGCCCCGAGAUUCCGGCGCUAUCGGCGGGCGUGGAUGAGCCGCCGGAGCCAAGCCAGCGAUGGCUGUUCUCAAACUGGCCGACCAGCCUGCACUCAUCCAGGCCAUCUUCAGCGGAGACGCCGAGGAGAUUCGAAUGCUCAUAUACAAGUCUGAAGACAUCAACGGUCUGGAUGUUGAGAAGCGCACUCCGCUCCAUGCAGCAGCCUUCCUGCGCGAUGCCGAAAUCACCGAACUCCUUAUCCUUUCCGGUGCUCGUGUCAAUGCUAAGGACAACAUGUGGCUCACUCCUCUCCAUCGCGCCGUGGCGUCACGUAGUGAGGAGGCAGUGCGAGUGUUGAUCCGUCACUCGGCCGACGUCAAUGCCCGCGACAAGAACUGGCAGACGCCGCUCCACGUGGCGGCAGCCAAUAACGCGCUGCGCUGCGCCGAGAUCAUCAUCCCGCUGUUGAGCAGCGUGAACGUGUCCGACCGUGGUGGACGCACCGCCUUGCACCACGCUGCCCUCAAUGGCCAUACGGAGAUGGUGAACCUUCUCCUUGCAAAAGGAGCCAACAUAAACGCUUUUGACAAGAAGGAUGGGCGAGCUCUGCACUGGGCCGCCUUCAUGGGUCAUUUGGAUGUGGUAUGUCUGCUGGUGAGUCAGGGGGCGGAGCUCUGCUGUAAGGACAAACGAGGGUACACACCGCUGCAUACAGCAGCAUCAAGUGGACAGAUGGCAGUGGUGAAGCAUCUGCUUAACCUGACUGUGGAGAUUGACGAGUCCAACGCCUUUGGCAACACGCCGCUGCACGUGGCCUGUUUUAACGGCCAGGAUGCCGUCGUCAGUGAGCUGAUCGACUAUGGUGCGAACGUCAGCCAGCCCAAUAACAAAGGAUUCACGCCUUUGCACUUUGCUGCCGCUUCCACUCACGGAGCACUCUGUUUGGAAUUCCUUGUCAACAAUGGUGCCGAUGUCAAUGUACAGAGUCGAGACGGAAAAACUCCUCUCCACAUGACGGCGGUGCAUGGUCGCUUCACUCGCUCUCAAACUCUCAUCCAGAACGGCGGUGAGAUUGAUAGCGUGGAUAAGGACGGCAACACGCCACUGCACGUCGCUGCUCGCUAUGGCCACGAGCUCCUCAUCAACACGCUCAUCACCAGUGGAGCUGACUGCACAAGGCGAGGUGUCCACGGCAUGUUCCCUUUGCACAUGGCUGCCUUGAACGCUCACUCGGACUGCUGCCGCAAACUGCUCACCUCAGGCUUUCAGAUCGACACCCCCGACAGUCAGGGGAGAACCUGCCUGCAUGCUGCCGCUGCCGGAGGCAACGUGGAGUGUGUCAAGCUGCUCUUGAUGAGUGGGGGCGACCACAACAGGAGGGACAACUGCGGCAGGACUCCUCUGCACUAUGCCGCCGCCAGCCGGCAUUAUCAGUGUCUAAAGAGGCUGGUGGCUUGUGGCACUGCCAUCAAUGCCACCGACAAGUGGGGCCGCUCUGCUCUGCAUUACGCUGCAGCUUCGGACCUGGACAGACGGCGACGUGUUGCUCUGGAGCCUGAGAGCGAAGGAGUCCAGGCAGAGAGGGAGAAAGAAGCUGCACUAUGUUUGGAAUUCCUGCUUCAGAGUGGAGCGACGGCCUUGCUCAAAGACAAACAAGGAUACAGUCCUGUUCACUAUGCUGCAGCCUAUGGACACAAGCGCUGCCUGGAGCUGGUGCUAAGCAGAGACGACGGUUACCACGACGACCUCGAAUCCCCCAAUACCAGGAGCCCCCUGCACCUUGCCGCAUACCACGGCCACACUCAGGCCCUCGAGGUGCUGCUGCAGGGGGAGAGGGAUCCGGACCGGGGGGACGAAUACGGCCGGACCCCCUUGGCUAUGGCAGCACUCCGAGGCCACGCAGACUGUGUUCACAUUCUCCUCGGCCACGGGGCGUCGCCGUGCACAUGCGACACGCAGCACAGGCGCACUCCCGUUCACCUAGCAGUGAUGAAUGGUCACGUGACGGGUUUGCGCCUUCUGCUGGAUGAAUCAGACACCGCGGAUCUCGCAGAUGCUGCCGACUCUCAGGGACAGACACCUCUGAUGCUAGCUGUGGCGGGGGGUCACGUUGACGCUGUGUCGCUGCUGCUUGAGCGGGAGGUGGACGUCAACAUGGCCGACAAGCAUGGCAUGACCGCAUUGCACAUCGGGCUGCUGUGCGGCCAGGAGGAGUGCGUCCAGUGUCUGUUGGAGCAGGAGGCGUCCAUCUUGUUGGGCGACGCACAAGGUCGCACCGCCAUCCACCUGGCGGCGGCAAGAGGCCACGCCUCCUGGCUGAGCGAGCUGCUCGGCAUGGCCUGCCCCGAACCGGACUCGCUGCCCCCACUCCGAGACCAUCGCGGGUACACGCCGCUGCACUGGGCCUGCUACCACGGCCACGAGGGCUGCGUGGAAGUACUACUGGAGCAGAAAGGGUGUCGUUGCAUUGAUGGGAACCCGUUCACGCCACUGCACUGUGCUGUGGUAAACGACCAUGAGGCCUGUGCAUCUUUGCUGCUGGAGGCGAUGGGAUCAGACAUCACCGGCUGCAAGGACGAUAAGGACAGGACUCCCCUCCAUGCAGCAGCGUUCUCGGGUCACGUGGACUGUGUCCAGCUGCUCCUUUCCCACGAUGCACCAGUCGACGCCGUGGACCAAUCUGGUCGCACCGCACCGAUGAUGGCAGCUGAGAAGGGCCGCGUCGGGGCCCUCGAGGUUCUGAUAAACAGCGCCGCCAGCUGCCUCCAUUAUGCCGACAAAGACGGCAACACCGCCCUGCAUCUAGCAUGUAAAAAUGGAAUGGAAGACUGUGUCCUCCUUAUUCUGGAGAAGUUGUCCGAUUCUGCGCAAAUAAACGCCACCAACGCUGCGCUACAAACGCCUCUGCACCUUGCAGCUCGUAGCGGACUCAAACAGGCAGUGCAGCAGCUGCUGUCCCGAGGAGCCAACAUUCAGACCAUGGACGAGAAUGGUUUGACCCCCGCUCUGGCUUGCGCUCCCAGCCGUGAGGUGGCCGACUGCCUGGCACUCAUUCUGGCUACCAUGAUGCCUUUCUGCUCCCCUUGCAGCUCCGGCGCCCCCUCCCCUGGCGCCCUGCUGAGGCAGCUGCCCUACAAGGCCCACAAAGACCCCGCUGCGGCCGCCGCUCCCCAGGGCCCGCGCAGCACCAGGAACCCCUCAGGACCCUCCAGUGAGGGGACCACGGAGAACGAUUCUGAGGACUCGGAAACUUUCUGACCCUUUAUGGGCGACAAAAUUGCACUCAAUGCCAUCUUUCAAGGAAGAAGUUGACGUGGGCCAUUUGCAUGUUACUUUUUCUUCGUCUUCUAAAAACAGGUGCUCCAAAUCCCAACUGACCUCGGUACUUGGCCUCUGGGUGGCAGCGUGAUUUCCCUCCAAAGCUUCUGUGUCUUUCACAAGCAAGAGCAUCAAGCCAUUUUAAACUUUUUUUUUUUUUUUUUUUUUUUGGGUACAAACUAAAACCUAAAGGUCCAUGUCGUUUUUGCUUUUAUAGUUAUUUUAGUUUGAUGUCCUAAAUAAGCAGCCUUUACACGAUAAUGUUUGUAGUUAAUAUUCACUGAAAUGGACAUGGUGUACACACUGGGUCAAUUUAUUAAUGCAUAAUUACAAAAGCACAUGCAACAAAAAUUUCAUGAAAACGUUGUCAUAUUGUAAAGAAAUUGUAAUUUCAUCAGCAUGAAGUUGUAAAAUUACCUUAAAGAUUUGAGAUACAAAACAGUUUCAGGAGAGCACUAUAUUUCAUUUGUAAUUACACUGCAUUAGUAAUACUUAAAAUAAUUAAGAAUUAAGUUUCCUCGGAAAGAAGAUGCACUGGAACAUAAGUCAAAAUUUCAUGGCAAAGUUGGAAAUUACAAGAAAAAAAAAAACAAGAGAAUUAAGUCAUAGUCCAUAAUUUUACAAUAAAGUUGGACAAAAAGUUACCGGGGAAAAAAAAAAAAAAAUAUAUAUAUAUAUAUAUAUAUAUAUAUAUUUAGCAAAGUUGUAAGUUCACAAGAAAUACUUGUAAUAUUACAAGAAAAGCUCCAAAUAUGACAGUGGUGGUGUGGUGAUAUGAAAAGAAUAGUCAAAAUAUUACAAGGAAAAACUUUUUAUGAGACUUUCCUCAUCCCAUAUGAGAGUAGAAGUUUUUAUUUAUUCUUUGUUAGUUGAAGCACAAAAUAUGAGGAGUUGGUUAGGAAAGCGUCCCAAGAUGUAUUCUCACCCUUUUCGGCACUGCUUGCAUGCCGACGUUUGUGAAUCAGGGUAGCUGGCGUCAGCCUCUUAAAAUAAUAAAAAAAAAAAAUUGAACAAAAAUGAUAGUUCAAAAAUUGCCAGCACUUCGACCUCGGCAUGACAAGCAACCAGCAACGUGCCAUCAAUUGCGUGCAGUGCCUUGAUGUUUCUUGUUUUUUUUUAAGAGCACAAUCAUGUACUUUACAGUGUCUGAAAGUUCAAAGGUCAUCUGAAUGGCAUUUCACAACGCAAUUCAUUUGUCAUGACUGUCUGAAUUGUCAAGAUGUGCUUAUCGGAAGCCUGAUUUCGGGGUAUCAUGUACUCGUGAAGGCUCCUGAUACCUGCCACCGGUACCACAGGCAAAAACUGACAAGUCCUCCUUGCCAGCAGUUGGCGCGACACUGUGGUAGUUUGACACGUCAGCAAAUCACAAUGAGUGUCAACAAACGAAGAAAGGCAGGACAUUUUGUUCACUAUGUGCUCAUUGUGACUUAUAUUGCAACAUGACACAUACUCAUGGGAGCAGGUCUCAGUGUCCCGGAGUACCUCAGAGUUGAUACUGUUCCUGUGGUAUUUAACAACCUCUUAAUACAAGACAAAUGUUUGAAUUUUACAACAAGAGAAACACUCUCAGAUUUAACGUAAAACAAAUGAAAAGAAAAAAAUUCAAACAAAAAGAUUAUUUUAAUUAUUAAAACAAAUCAGUUUGACCAUAACACGUUAUCUUUAGACCAGUUUUCUCUAAGGUUGCUAUUUUUUUCCUUCUCCUUGUUGGCACUUGUAUGUCCUCUUUGCGAAGUCUGAUUUCGAUCUUUGUGUUUUUGUGCAUUGUUUUCAAAAAAACUAAAGAGAAUUGCUCGUUUCCUGUGUACCAGGGUUUUGAAGGUAAGCUUUUUCCAAUCGGAUUUCUGAAAACCAAACUACUAGAAUAAGCCAAAUGUUCCCUUUUUUGCGGUUUGAACAACAUGAUAAUUAGUAUUGUCAUGAAUGCAUUCGUAGCUCCAAAUCUUGUCCAAUCUAAGUAAUUUUUAUGUGUUUUUUUUUUUAAACAUUAUAGCCGACACCCUGCUUUCAAUUAGCCAUGACAAUAUUUAAGUUAAAAUUGAGAUUUUAAUUUUGACUUUUUUCAGGACCAUGAUCUGAUUUUGAUCAUUUGUCAAGUAUUUGUUGUUCUGAAAUUUCGUGACAAAUUGAAAUGCCAUCUUUGGUACUGCUCUUUUAUAUGUUGAUGUAUAAAGCUUUGUACAAUUCUUCGCCAACCCAACGGAUCCUGUUAAUUUAAUGCAAAAGAUAAGCCCAAAUGUAUUAAAUGCAACAUUUUAAUACCUAGCUGAGCUUCACUGGGUCCCAAAAAAGGUCACUGUAAAUUGAUUCUCACAGCAGUUCCUGAUGCAGUACAACCACACACACAGACACACACAGUGUUUUUAUAACACUUUCAAAAAAUAAAUGUUGCAAUUUUGUCUUGUAUUUUAAAUAUCUCCUCAAAUGUUUACCUGUCCUUUGAACUGAAUAUUACAAAUUUGUCCAAAAUAUUUUAUUUAAUUUUUUUUUUAAAUUUCCAUCUCUAUUUUAGUGGGACAUUGAAAAAUCUGUAUUUUAAAAUAGAUAUAUAAAAUAUAUAUAUUUAUAAAUUAAUUCUGCUGCUGUAAUUCAGUGUUCUUGUGGGCAAUGACAAUGAGACUGAACAGAUUUACAGUGUAACAGUGGAGGUUUUUUUUUUUUUUAGCUUGCUCUGUGAUUUCUUUGUAUUUUAAUUGAAUUUAGGAUAAGAGUCAAUCAGUGGGACAGAACAGAAUUUCUAGAUUGGUGAGAGAUUUAAAAAGAAAAAAAGACAGCGGAAACUGUUAAAAAAAAAAAUCCAAUCUACCACAAAGAAACAAAUAUGGCUGUUACAUGCGACUGUAGCCCUACACCUUGUGAAGGAACAAUCUUAUAGAUUCAAAAAUGAGAGAGGGGUCGGUGUCAGGUAAAAUAGGAAGUACAAGUAGGCUGAGCAGCUCGUAAGAAACUGUGUGCUUCCAUGUUUAAAAAAAACCCAAAAACGUCAGGCGGUGGUUUACUGCGCUGGUUCGGUUUUCAUAUGCGCUGAGAAUGUGUGACAAGUGUGCAAUUGCAUUGGUCAAGACUACACAAACUAAGUGAUAUAUUUGAACUUAUAACAAAUUUUACACGUGUGCUCGACUGUGCAGAUUUGCGAGUGUGAUGGCGUCCCUGUCAAAUCACAGUGACUGCAAAUGGCGCCAUAAACUGCCUUGUAUAAAGAAGCGUUUUCAUUCAUUUCAAUCAACAGACCAGUAUUACAUUUUCCACCUUGCUUGCAAAAGUCAGAUCGGAAAAUGAAUGAGUGUGGAUUCUGGCAUGGGUUCUGGUUGGAAUAUUGCAGAAAAACAGAAGAUCUUAUUUUUUUUAAUCCAUGCAAUUUAAAAAGAUGGAAUUCCCACUACAAACGGAAAAAUCACAUCUGUUUUAAUCAUGCAAAACACAUUGAGUUGCCUUGUGGAUAAAAUGUGCUAUAUAUAAACCCAUUUGCUUUAAGUUGCCAUUUAACCUUCGAAGGAGGUGAAUUACUUUUAAGUAAAAAUAA